AUUAACCGGAUUAGAUUGUUCCAAGGCAGUAGCGUCGGAUCUGCGAAGACUUUGAUCUGUUUUGGUGAGGCAGAGAGAGAGAGAGAGAUGAAGAUGAUGGUUGUAUUAUCGGCGAAGAUGAUUGUGAUGUUGAUGAUUAUUUUGAUGUUGGCAUCGCCGAUCUCAGCAAAAGAGCAGCUCAGCACUAAGGAAUGCGAGGAUCUAGGAUUUACAGGUCUUGCCCUCUGCUCCGAUUGCCACUCACUCUCUGAAUACGUCAAGGAUCAAGAGUUGGUAUCUGAUUGCUUGAAAUGUUGUGCUGAUGAUUCUGAGGAUUCCAUGAGCAAGGUUACUUAUUCCGGGGCUAUAUUAGAGGUGUGUAUGAGAAAGUUGGUUUUCUAUCCUGAAAUUGUUGGUUUUAUUGAAGAAGAGAAAGAGAAGUUCCCUAGUGUUAAAGUUCAGUACAUUUUCAACUCCCCACCUAAGUUGAUCAUGCUGGAUGAAGAUGGUGAACAUAAGGAAACAAUAAGAAUCGACAAUUGGAAACGCGAACAUCUACUCCAGUAUAUGAGGGAGAAGGUCAAGCCUACUGCUGCAAGUUAGUCUUGUCCUUGUAGAGCUGAAGAAGAUGAUCUUCCCUAUCACACUUACAUAUGCCAAGGCAUUGUGAUCUAGUAGUUAAAAACACAUUAUGACCGACUUAUCUUAUCUCUCUCUAAGCUUUGCUAUGAGUACUGUAUGUUGUGAACCUUUGCAAUCUCAGUGGUAAUGUAUUUAAUUCAAGGUUCUUGUGAAACGGUAA